UCCGUAGGUGGUAGACGGUCUCUGACUGUCGAACGCAGAGGUACCACCCGGCGGAUCUCGUACGCGGAGCCAGAUUGUGUGCAUGUUGCAUGCACACGUGUUCCCUCGCCAGAGUCCGUGUGGCGUUCCCCCUUUCCCAUGUAUCCCCCUAUAGCCCCACGGUACCCAAUGGGGGCUUAGGCCUUAGGCCUUCGUGGUGGUUUUAGUAUAAAAAAAAUCCUCGAACGUCACAGCUUGAUUAGCGACAGGCAG